GUGUACAACGCACGAAGACGGCCAUUGGACUGUUUGUGUGUCCAUCCGAUGAGGGAGGACCACUUUUUUUUCCCCAGUAGUCUUUUUUUUUUUUUUUCCCCUGCUUUGGUACGGGAGCCGAGCGGGGACCGGCUUGUUACGCAGCGGCCGUGGGUCUCCACCCGAGAGUAUGGCGGCUGGAAUUGCACUGGACAGCGGGGGAGAAACGGAGACAUGCCAGAGAUGGUGAAAAAGAAACAAAGAGAUGCAAGUUCUUUAAUUCAAUGUCGCUGUAGGUUUAGUUCGUGCUGUUAUUUUUCUUGGUCGGGGUGCAGCUUGAAAGAUUGCGCCCGCAGUUCAUUCUCGGGCUACAAAGCCAGCGUUUUUCCAGCGUCCUCGAUGGAGCAAGUUUGUUUUUUUAUGAUGCAUAGAGACGGGUGAGCCAGGCAGAUGAAACCCCGCACGGUCCUCUUCAUCGGGCGAUAUUUUCUUCCUCCCUGUGCACAUUUCUGGACAACUGCAGUCCUCGGAUGCUCGUGUAGCUGUCAGUGUCUGGCCUGCAAUGGGGAAUUUCUACAAUGAAAUCCAUCUUGGGGCUCCGAGUCUUUGUGCUCUGCCAUAGCUGAGCAACGGCGAGCAAAGAUAGUGUUAUUGACAACUCGUUCAAAAUGGGACACGAAUGGUGAAUGUGAUACGUGCGGGAGCAUUUUGAAUUCAUUUCAAUGACGCGCGGAGUUUGAUACCUUACGACUUUAUUAAAUCCACAAUGCGCGAGUAUAAAGUGGUGGUCCUGGGCAGCGGUGGGGUCGGGAAAUCCGCCCUCACUGUGCAGUUUGUCACCGGGACGUUUAUUGAGAAGUACGACCCCACCAUAGAGGAUUUUUACCGCAAAGAGAUCGAGGUGGACUCUUCGCCAUCUGUGCUGGAGAUCCUUGACACCGCUGGUACCGAGCAGUUCGCCUCCAUGCGGGACCUGUACAUCAAAAACGGUCAAGGAUUCAUAUUGGUCUACAGCCUCGUCAACCAGCAAAGCUUCCAGGACAUAAAGCCGAUGAGAGAUCAGAUCAUAAGAGUGAAAAGGUAUGAGAAGGUUCCGGUGAUCCUGGUGGGGAACAAAGUGGACCUGGAAAGCGAGAGGGAGGUAUCAUCCGGGGAAGGUCAGGCCCUGGCAGAGGAGUGGGGCUGCCCAUUCAUGGAGACCUCGGCCAAGAGCAAAACCAUGGUAGAUGAACUGUUUGCUGAGAUCGUUCGGCAGAUGGACUACGCCGCCCAGCCAGACAAGGAUGACCCCUGCUGCUCCUCGUGCAAUAUACAAUAGCCCUUGGGGCCUCCGAGAGCAGGCUUGGAAAAAAGUCUACUGAAAGGAAGCUCUGAUGACUCGCAGCAGAAAGAUAUACACUUAGACACCCACACGCACAUACCAAUUAAACUGAAGAUAAAUUUGUGGUUGAACAGAAUGGAUUUUAACUCAGUGAAGCAUUAAAGUUGCAGUGACAUGAUAAUUAAUAACAACAUGUGAGUAAUGCACACGUUUUGAAUGAGGAAUGCCAGGAAUUUGCCACAAGAGAAAUUGAGAAAUGACAAAAAGGAACAUGCCUUCGCCUUAUGUUACUCUCUUUUAUUGUCUUUAUCUUUUAGGUUGUAGGGGAGAGAAAUCAUCAGCAAAGACUCACAGAUUGGGAUCUUUACUGUCUGCUUUGUUAAGGAGUAACAGAUUUAGUUUUUUUCGUUGAUUUUUAUUUUACACAGAAAACUGAGAUGCAUUUCUUGUUUCCAUGACUAUUGCAGGUCACCAGUGCACAAAAACCCAAUAAAGGUUUUUCUGAAAAGCUGUUGUUUCACACAUUUAGGAGUAUUUGAGUUAAAGUAUCUUGGGUUUUUCCUCCUGUUUAGUUUCUGUAGUGAUCAGUGGGAGGUUUUCUACUCACCACAGGGCUGAACCAAAGAGGUGACCUGAAGACACCUCCAUUUUCUUUCUUUUUUUUUUCUUUAGUUGUUUAAAGUAGGAAUGAAGAGAAAAUGGAUAGGUCAGUGUCUUUAUUGAAACAUUGGUGCAGUCAUUCCUUUUCCAUUUACCCCCUUUAGGAUAUAAUAGUAAGCUUAGCCAAGUCUUUCACAUAUCGUGUGAUGUUUUGUUCUCCUUUUUCGGAGACUCAAACAGCAGAUUGCUGAGUAGUAAUAUAAGUAAAUGCUUCACCCUGAUGGGAUACAGAGUAUUUUUUAGUGUUUAAAUCUCUUCUCUACAGACCAUCUCCUCAAACCCUUUCAGAAAUGGGUGAUAUUGAAGGUGAAGAGACCAAGAUUUGUCACUUAAUAUCUUCUUUUCCUCUGGAAUUGAUAUGAAAUGUGGCACUUAAAAGUUUCACCAUUCUGAUGCCGUUUAUCUGCUCAGAGUAUUCUAAUCCAUAGUGACAAAUAGUAACCAGGCAGAUGAUGAUGAUAAUGGUUGUGUAAAUAUUUUGUAUUGAAGGUGCCAGCUCGUUUGAAGACACUGACUCAACACACGUGGAACUGUCAACUGUAUGCAUGGCUAGUAAAAUUAAAAGGACUCUCAUUGUUUGAGAUGACUAUAGGCUGUGGAAAAAUUCAAACACAUACCGGUCUGGAUCUGGACACUGUUCGAACUGUACAUCUAUGUUGCCACGGGAGCUAGACUUUCCCCGUGUAACCAUUUUCAUUGUUGAUUUUCUAUUUUUUUAUGUGACCAUUUACUCUUUAUCCCUCUAUGAAUGGUGACACUGUUACAUUUGACACCUGAACAAUAAAAGUGCGUUCAACACUCGA